GCGCCAUUGGGAACGAGUCUUCGUGCCUAGCCCAGCCGAACACGCUUUGAACCAACCAGGAAGUUCGCUCAGUUAAUUGAAACUUGAGAUGUGACCCGUAGUUGAGGGGCGAAUUUGGGCCUUUGGCCCAGCUCACAAUAUCAGAGGGCCAAGCCAUUAGGGAGAACCGCCAUUCAUCAGGGAAAAAAAGCGGACAACCGCCGGUUCAAUAAUCUAAUGACAAUCGCUGUGACUGAGCCUGGGACUCUGAGAAUUUUGUAGGUUCAACGCAUCGCUUCGCAGGAAAACGGAAGCUGAAGAAGAAAAUGGCAGAAGAUCCAGAGAAGAAGUUCCAAUCGAUUAUGGAAAAGCUAUUUAGUUCUCCGUCUAAACCCCUUACCAAUCCCUCCAGGGGAAAAAAAAGACCUAAUCAAGAAUCAGCAUUGGCGUUAGUAGAACGAGGUGAUGUGGCGGUGAUAGCGCCAUCCCGGCGGUCAUUAUCUGCAGCUGAAGCUCCAUUGUGCAGACCUUGGGAUAGAGGAGAUCUUAUGAGGAGAGCUGCUACUUUUAAGUCUAUGACUUGGUUUGCUAAGCCCAGGGUGGUGAAUGCUGUAAAUUGUGCCAGGAGGGGAUGGAUCAAUUUAGAUAUGGAUAUAAUAGGCUGUGAAGCAUGUGGAGCUCGUCUCCUUUUUUCCACUCCAUCAUCUUGGUCGCAGCAGCAAGUUGAGAAGGCGGCCAUGGUAUUUAGCUUGAAGCUGGAUAGUGGACACAAGCUACACUGUCCUUGGAUUGAUAAUGUCUGUGACGAAAGAUUGGCAGAGUUUCCUCCUACACCACCUCCAGUCUUAGUUGAUAAAUUCAAAGAACGUUCUUCUGCUCUCUUGCAACUUUUAGCCCUUCCGGUGAUUUCAUCUGCGGCCAUGGAGUACAUGAGAAGUGCACAGCUGGAAGAAUUUCUCAGACAGCCACCAACAUUGGAUUAUGAAAAUGGUUCUACCUACCUAACUCAAAUAGAACCCCUUGAAAAUGAGUGUGGAGCUGAUUCUGCUAGCUUGUAUUAUCAGGCACAAAAGCUCAUAAGUUUAUGUGGCUGGGAACCGCAAUCACUCCCUUAUAUUGUUGACUGCAAGGACGGACAAAAGCAGCUCAUCAAGGAUGCCAAGAUUUCAAAUUCAUCCAAUAUAAUGACUGGUGGACGGAGUACAAGCAUCAGUUUUUAUUCUGCCACUGUCCAUGAAAGUAUGGAGGCAACUGGCGACUGCCAUGCUCUUAAUGCACUGCAAGCUGAUCCUCAAUCUGUUGUUUUAGAUUGCAAGCUUUGUGGAGCUGUUGUGGGAUUAUGGACUUAUUCUACAGUUCCACGUCCAGUAGAGUUGUUUAGACUGGUAGGAUAUACAGAAGUGAAUAGUAAAAAGAAUUAUGGACAAGAUUCAUGUAACGGAAAUAAAGUUGAUAAUAGGGAAGUCGUUGUAAAUUCUGCCUCUAAUGGCUCUUUAUCUUCCACAGAGAAACCAUCAAAUUUAAAAUUAACAAUUGCUGGGGGUCCUCCACCAACAAAACAGAACUUCAAAGCAACAAUUUCAUUUCCUGUUAUUGGCCGGAAUUUAAGGGCCAGACUUUCUUAUGACUCUGAUUUUAGAGAUCGCACGUCCAAUGACCGAGAAAGGCAAUCUGGAUCUCAUGACAAGAAUUUAUCUUUGGAGGAAAAGGUUGUUGCAGAAGAAAGCUUAGCGGGACAAGCUUCUCAACCAGAAGCUAAAACACCUGAUCAGGGCCAAUGUAGUUAUGCAAGUGGUGAUCAAUCUUCUUGUUUGGAACUUGAAAAUGUUGAAAAAGGUUCUGCUCUUAGAAAGGAGUCCGACCUUUACAUGUUGUUGGAAGGAAUGGAUUUCGUUAUAGAAGGAAACUUUUCAGAAAAAUAUCUGCAGGAUUCUAGUACAGAAGGUCCAACAGAGAGCACACCAGAUAAAGCUCAAGGUUUUGGUCUAAGUAAUAAAUUUUUCGAAAAAUCACAAAAUGGUGGUUUCUUUGAUUCAUCAGUAGGAAGUUUUAAUAGUACUCAAAUUAGACUAUCUUCUGUUUCUGAACCAGGUGCUAACGUCACCACUGGAGAUGGGAAUAAUACCUCUGAAAGUUGUGAUCAAGAACAGGUUCCAGGAGCAAAUACUAAAUCUGGAGAAGAUAUUGCUCACAAGAUACACUCAAGAAAAGGCAUCACUCAUUCUAAUACUCAAGACACAUCAAACAGGCAGGCAAAAAGCCAGGAAGGCAUCAAACAGAGAGGCCAGAAUCCUCUGAAUAAUGAAAUUAUUGCGUAUGGUAUGGGAAAGGAGUUAAAGCAACUAUCCGACAAAGCAAUGGAGUUUGAUCCAAUUAGGCAGCACAGACAUUUUUGCCCCUGGAUUGUAUCAUCAAACAGUGGGGCAGCUGGAUGGCAGCAGACGUUAUUUGCUUUGUUUCGUCAGAAAGAACACUCUAGUCCUUCUACAAAUUCUCCUGCGUCCACCCCCAAAAUUAAGGCGGACGAUCCCAUUGCAUCAGUCAGAAAGCUCUUCAGAUCUCCAUCGUCAUCGAAAAGAUUGAAACCCACUCUUGGUUCUAACUGAAGCAUCCGGUGCAGCUGAUUUUUCAGGAAGUCUAACAUGUGUCCAAACAUUAUAUUGGCUUGGACUGCCAGUGUCUUGUACAUGGUAUAGAUGCAGUGAUCUCGGAAAUGACGAAUCAAAACCAUGCAGUUGUUGUAACAUUAGGUUUGGCACUACAGUAGCCCCACAAAUUUUACAGCCCAAUUUUACAUUGCCACAUUUUUAAACACGUGAAACUUUGACAGGAAUAGCAAUAGAAUUCAUUUUUGGAUGCAAUUGUGCUCUGUUCAUUAGGGAGGAAAAAGGAAAGAAAAGAGCACCAAAUGAGCAUUUGGUGUUAUUCCAUCAAGCCGCAAUUUGUGACGACCACCUUUGAGUAUGGUCUGUUGAAGCCUCUUUCUGCAACAACAGCUCUCUUGUCCCCUAUGAGCUUGGCGACUCUGCUCACCAGGAAAAACAGUAUAAAAUUUAUUAUAAGUUCAUUCGGUGAUAAUGCAAUGGAGUCUGAAGAUCUGACAUUACCAGUCGAGGAUUUUUGUAUCAAUUGGGAAAUGAUUAUUUCACCGUGUAAUAGUUUGAUAUAUUUAACCGUUUGUUUUGUUUC